CGUGACGCACGAGGGGCGGAGCUACGGGCUCAGGUUUCUCCAGUUGCUGAGAUGCACCGAGGCUCCGGAAAAUGGCGCUUCGCAGGCCGGGUACCACUGCGAACCUGUUGCCCUGUGCUGCCGCCCUGAUCCUCGCUCUGGGCGUGGAGAGGGUUUUGGCGCUACCCGAGAUAUGUAUCCAGUGUCCAGGGACUGUGCAAAAUUUGUCCGAAGUGGCUCUUUUUUGUCAGCAGACUCCGAAGCUAAUAUUAAGUGCCCGCUGCUGCCUGAAUCAGAAGGGCACCAUCUUGGGGCUGGAUCUCCAGAACUGUUCUUUGAAGGAUCCUGGUCCAAACUUUCCUCAGGCAAACACUGCUAUUGUCAUAGACCUGCAAGCAAACCUCCUCAAAGAUGACUUGGUUAAUACAUUCCGUGGCUUCACCCAGCUCCAGACUCUGGUACUGCCACAAGAUGUCAACUGUCCUGGAGGUAUUAGCACCUGGAAUACAAUCACCACAUACAUAAAUAACCAAACCUGCCAAGGUCAAAGGAACCUUUGCAAUAGCACUGGAGAUGCAGAAAUGUGUCCUGAGAAUGGAUCGUGUGUGCCCGAUGGACCAGGCCUCUGGCAGUGUCUUUGUGCUGAUGGUUUCCAUGGCUACAAGUGUAUGCGCCAGGGCUCGUUUUCACUGAUUAUGUUCUUUGGGAUUCUGGGAUCCACUACGCUAUCCAUCUCUCUUCUGCUGUGGGGGACCCAACGUCGAAAAGCUAAAGCUUCGUGA